CAUAAACAACGUUUUGUUUGGACACGUGUUUAGUGUUUAAUACUGUUGUUGUCGUAUACCAUGUGAUUCAUCGGACGUACGGUUAGUUUGUUAAAAACAGUGACCACUUUAUCGCCGCCGCCCGCCGUCGUGUCUACCGAUAAUAACCGCCACUAUCGCUGGCCACUCAUACAUAUAAUAAGCCAUGAAAGUCAAAGUCUUGAGCCGAAGUCACGACGAUUUUGUCCGACAAACCAAACAUGACAUUCAUAAAGUUGAACGCAACUAUAGUCCGCAUUUGCAUCCGUUUGAAACCAAUCGCGAAUACAAACGUGCGGUAAAUGCCGUCAAAAUGGACCGUAUGUUUGCCAAACCGUUUCUAUGUUCGCUGGACGGCCACUCGGAUAUUGUCCAAUGUUUGGCCAAACAUCCGACACGGCUAUCCGUAUUGCUAUCGGGUGCGGCUAAUGGCGAACUAAAACUGUGGAAUUUAGCCGACCGAAAAUGUCUUGACAUUAUCGACGGCCACAACUCAAUUGUCCGACAGAUUUGUGUACCAUUGCACGGGCGGUACUUUUUUUCGGUUGGCGACCAAACUAUCAAACAGUGGCCAUUCAGGGAAUCCUAUGAUGACGUGAUGAACACUACUAGAUCGGUAAACUCGUCGUCGUCGCCAAUGAAUACACUGAUAUCCCAGACGGUUGUCCACGGAAUGGAUUGCCAUCGAACUAAACCCCUAUUGAUUACGUGCGGCGAAUCGGUUGAUCUGUGGGAAGAAACCCGAACCCAACCGUUGCGGACAUACAAAUGGGGUUCGGAUAGUGUCAGUUGUGUCAAAUUCAAUCCAAUCGAAACGGAUUUGUGUGCGGGUGCGGCCAGCGACCGAAGUAUACAAAUCUACGACACUCGGCGAUCGGAACCGCUACGCAAAGUCAUAAUGAAAAUGCGUACAAACAGUCUGGCCUGGAAUCCGAUGGAAGCUUUCGUGUUUACCGCGGCCAACGAGGACAGCGAUUUAUAUACAUUUGAUUUGCGUAAUCUGAAAGCCGCCCAACAGGUACACAAAGAUCAUGUGGCGGCCGUUAUCGAUGUCGACUAUUCGCCGACUGGACGCGAAUUUGUUAGCGGUUCGUACGAUAAAACUGUUCGGAUAUUCGGUACGGAAAUGGGCCGUUCGCGUGAUGUUUAUCACACCAAACGUAUGCAACGAUUGACAGCCGUUUUGUGGUCAGCGGACAACAAAUAUCUGGUAUCGGCUUCCGACGAAAUGGAUAUACGUUUGUGGAAAGCGUAUGCAUCGGAAAAGUUAGGUCUGAAGUCAUUUAGGGAACAAUCGGCUGCCGAUUAUAAUCAGAAACUGAUGGACAAGUUUGGCAAUCAUCCGGAAGUCAGGCGUAUAGCCCGUCACCGACACGUACCCAAACAUGUGAUGCACGCGUCGAAAGAAAAGCGCGAUAUUGUCGGCGCUAUUAAACGCAAAGAAGGCAAUCGACGGCUACAUUCAAAACCGGGAACCGUUGGCUUUGAGUCCGAAAGAACCAAAUCGAUUGUCAGUGAAGAACAAUAGAGACUAUAUAU